AAAACACCUCAAGAAGACUUCGAAGAAAAUCAAAGACACCCACAGCCAGUAGAACUAGCAUCUGAUAACACGAUAAAAAAAAAAGGCAUCAAACUGUUCAAAUUGCACUAAUCCUUAGUGAAAACAAAGAGAAAACUAGGUUUGAACUACAAAUUAGAAGAACUGUGAAAAAAAAAAUGAGAGCGUUACUGGGUUUUGUUGGGUCACUGUUGAUGAUUAAUAUCUGUAAUGGGUUGUUAACUUCUCGAAUCAAUCGUAUGACUAGCAACAGCAGCAGUUAUCUUACGAAGGAAGCUUUGUGGUUGAAUCAGACUCUCGAUCACUUUUCCCCCUAUGAUGAUCGUAAAUUUCAACAGCGGUAUUAUGAAUACUUAGACGAAUUCAGGAUUCCUGAUGGACCGAUCUUCUUGGUAAUAUGUGGUGAAUCUGAAUGUCGUGGAAUAACCAAUGACUAUAUGGGUAUUUUGGCUAAGAAAUUUGGAGCUGCUGUUGUUACUCUUGAACAUCGCUACUAUGGAAAAAGUUCCCCUUUUAAGACUUUCACUACAGAAAAUCUGAAAUUUCUGUCAUCUAAACAGGCGCUUUUUGACUUGGCUGCUUUUCGUCAAUUUUAUCAGGAAUCUCUAAAUUUGAAGCUCAAUAGAACAAACAUUGAGAACCCAUGGUUUGUUUUUGGUAUCUCAUAUGCUGGAGCUCUUAGUGCAUGGUUUCGUCUCAAAUUCCCACACUUAACAUGUGGAAGCCUUGCAAGUUCUGGUGUAGUUCAUCCCAUUCUCGACUACUAUCAAUAUGAUCAACAGAUGGGUGAGUCAGCAGGGCCAGAAUGUAAAGCUAUAUUACAAGAAGUGACUCAACUUGUUGAAAGAAGACUCCCAUCAGAUGGAAAAUCACUCAAAGCUAAAUUCGGUGCUGCUGCGCUACACAUCGAUGCUGAUUUUAUGUAUUUUCUAGCGGAUGCUGCAGCCGUAGUGUUUCAAUACGGAAAUCCAGAUAAACUUUGUACCCCAAUGACCGAGGCCAAGAAAGCUAACGAGGAUUUAGUGGAUGCGUAUGCAAAAUAUGUAAACGAAUAUUAUAUUGGUACUUUUGGAGUUGAUAUAGAAGGAUAUACUCAAGAAUAUUUAAAGAAACCUGAAUCUACUGAUCGAUUAUGGUGGUUCCAAGUUUGUAGUGAAGUUGCGUUUUUUCAAGUGGCACCUCUUAAUGAUAGUAUUCGCUCUUCAAAGAUCGACUUAAGGUAUCACUUGGAUUUAUGCAAAAAUGUUUUUGGAGAAGGCGUUUAUCCUGAGGUUGAUGCCACAAAUUUGUACUAUGGGGGCACGAAUAUUGCUGGUUCGAAGAUAGUUUUUACAAAUGGAUCACAAGAUCCAUGGCGACAUGCAUCCAAACAAAUCUCAUCUCCAAAUAUGCCAGCAUACAUAGUCAAGUGUGAUAACUGUGGGCAUGGAAGUGAUUUACGAGGAUGCCCCCAGUCUCCUUUAGUUCUCGAAGGAAAUUCUAAAAAUUGUAGUUCACCCGAAGCAGUUAACAAAGUGCGAGAACAAAUGACAGAAUAUAUAGACUUGUGGUUGUCUGAGUGUCAUGCUGCAAGUUGGAGUUCAAUGUAGAUAAGAAGUAAUUAAUGAAUGUUGCUUAACUAAUUAUCAGCAAUCUCCCAUGAGGGAAUUAUGUCUUUCCCUACGAAUGUAUGUAUAGUUGCUAUCGUUUGGUGUAUAUGAUCUCUAUGAGUUGCAUCUCGUGUCAUAGUCACAUCGAGGAGACUAUAUGACCUUUGUUGUGUAAGUUUUGAACUUUUAAAUAAGAGCUUUAUUGUUCAUUUACUUA